UUCCGGCUCGGUUCGGCUCUGCCCGCUCGAGCUCGGCUCGGGGUCAGUGGUCCCUUCCUUUCCCGUGCCUUUUUGCUGAGGGUGCGAAAGGCCCGCGAGCCGGGGGUUGUCAGUUCUGCCGUCUGCUGGGAACACCUUUUCUUUAGUGAAUCUUAAGUCUUUUUCCUCAGUGCUGCCUCGAGUAUAGGUGAGCACCCGAUAUAGACACCCUCGGCCCGAGGUGAGAUAGCAGCGAUGUGCAGCGCCGUGUUGCCGAAGGGUUUUGCUGAGUGACUAACAAAACCUGAACAUCAGGAAGAGCAGGCAACAUUGUCCAUAGUGAGUUAGUGGAUGGCUGAAAUUUGGCUUGACUAUUGAGUUGCUGAAAUGUUUUGCUGCUUGAGAACCGUGAGAAGGCAGAAAACAUUAGUCUUAACUGCUUUUAUGUAUCUAAUUGAAGAGCUGGAAAAGUUGAUAGAAAAAAGGUUAUGUCUGGACAAGAUAUUGCUACAGUGUGUUCUUCAGGCAAGAACUUUGUCAGGAGCUGAUGCCAUCAAUGCUCUCAGACCUUUCUAUUUUGCUGUACAUCCAGAUUUCUUUGGCCAGCAUCCCAAAGAGAGGGAAGUAAAUGAAAACUCUCUGAAGAGGUUAAAUGGCUACUUGGAGAACCUACAGAAACCAGGAUUUCGUUCCUUGAAGCCAACUCAGCUUACUUUUUAUGUAAGAGAAACAGAACCAAACUCUUCUAAUGUUCAAGAAUCCUUCAGUGCUUCAGGGUUUCGAGCAGUCAGUUUUACGUUACGUACUAGGGAUCUCCUGAGCACAGUAUUAGAUAUUCUCAACUCCUGCAGUUUAUCUACAGAGCAUAUUCAGAGUUUGAAUGUGAACUCUCAGCCACACAAGGAAGCAAAAAGCACAGUGAACAGACCUAUCAAAUGGGAUAAGACUUAUUAUUCGUUUACUGGAUUCAAGGAUCCUGAGGAGGAACUAGAACAAGCCCAGAGAGUGGAAACAACUUUAAUAUCCUGGCUAGAUGAUAAUGGAGCAAGUGCAGUAAAAAAGCUGAAAAAGAGUUUGCCGCUUAGAAAAGAACUAGAACGUUUAAAAUUUGAACUUUGUAAUGAACUCCAGCUCUCAGAUAUCAGGUGGCAGAGAAGCUGGGGUAUUGCUCACCGCUGUAGCCAGCUGCACAGUCUAGCUCGCUUAGUCCAACAGCGACCUGAAGUAUUGAAGAAUGUUAAAGGGCGCACAGUGGUAUUUACAGACCGCUCGGGUAUGAGUGCAGCAGGUCACAUAAUGCUGGGGACCAUGGAUGUUCACCAUCACUGGACCAAAAUUUUUGAGAGACUGCCAAAUUAUUAUAAGCUUCAAAAAAGGCUGCUGUUCUUGGAAGAUCGGAUAAGUGAACUUCUGGGAGGAAUACAAGUAAUAUAUAUUGAAGAACUGCAACCUUUGUUGACUCUAGAAGAGUACUACGAGACUCUGAACUCUUUCUAUAAUAAGUUACGUGACAGUAGACUGCCUUUUCAUCCUCGCAGUCUGCGAGGUUUGCAAAUGAUUCUGGAAAGUGACAGAUAUGCACCAAGCUUACAUGAAUUUGGACACUUUAUGAUCCCAACGGUCUGUGAUCCAGCAGCUCUUCAAUGGUUUAUUUUUGCCAAAGCACAGGAAGCAAGAGAGAAUCUGAAAAGAAAGGAGGAGAUGAUGAUUACAGAAAAAGAGCUAAUUGAUACUUCCACUGAAAAAUUCUCUUUGGACCGACUGUAUAAGGAGCCGAGUGUUUCCAGUGCACAGAUGAUAGAUUGUUGUAAGCGGCUGCUGGAAGAAUCGCUGCCAUACCUACAAGGCAUGCACCUUUGCAUUUCACAUUUCUACUCUGUGCUGCAGGAUGGAGACCUGUGUAUACCUUGGAACUGGAAAAACUGAGAGACAUAUCUGAUAAUCAGAUGAAUUGUUUAUUUUCUGUAAGAGGUUAUAAAUAUGAAUGUUUUUAAGAGUAAAUUAUUUAAAUCUGUAUUUUGAUAUCAGUAUUCAACAUACAAAUUUUCUUCCAGCUGCUGCUCAAGAAGGAGUGGAGUCCUAGACAAUUUGCACAAUGCACAGUAUUGGUAGUUCUGAAAAAGACAUUUGUACGUCAUCCAUACUACUGUAGAAGUUCAAUGUAUGUUAGCAGUUGUGAAACUGCAUUUUUGUAGUGAAUUCUGAAAAUACAUUAAAUUGUGAGUCUGCAAAAAUGUGCAUGUGUAUUUUUGAUAUACAUGAAUAUUGCCAGAUAGAUCACCUUAAAGAGUGUGCUAUUCAAAGCAGACGUUAUAUGUUACCUUAAGGGAUUCGUUGAAUGCAGAAGUUCAGUACAUAAUUUGUCUUCUGGCAACGUUGGCAUUUCAUACUGCUGCUUAUUACUGAAUUAGGAAAAAACAAAAAAGCAAGGGAAAAACAACAGAAUAUUUCUACUUUGACAAAGAAAACAGUACAUUAACUUGGUCUCUACAGCAGAGUUUCAUAUGCUGGUCCAACAGUAUUGCCUUAGAAUUCCAAAAUACACCAGUUGUACUGUCUGCAGUUACUUUAAAGCAGAUGUCAUUCUCUUUUUGUUUUUCAGCAUUUGCUCCGUAAAUACAGACAAUCCUCUUUUCUUACACUAUAACAGAUUGCAAAUCCCAUUCGCAACACUUAAAACCUGAGUAGUUUAAUGUGACAUCUAAGGAAAGGAAGCAUUGAUUUGUGUGGGAUUGUCUGCAAGAGUAAGUAUUUCUCAAUAAGAACAAGGAGUUUGCAGUACAGCAAAUGGAUCUUUAUUGGUACUUUAUUCUUUGAAAAAAAAAACAACAUGAAAUAAAGUGUGAAUGUAUGUCAACACUUUUUCAUUGUAAUACAUGCCAAGAUGCAUUUUGGUAUUUGGAUUACUACUUUACAAAAUAUCUUUUGAGAAACACCAACUGCUUAACAUUUCUGCACUUGAAUUCAUCAUAACUGGCAAAAAAAAAAAAAAGAGGAAUUGUCAAAUGUUUACUUGCCUUUUUAUUUGUAUUGAGCAGGGAAAUUGUUGUGGUUCUCUGUUUUCUCCUGUUAAAAGGCUCUGUGUCAAGUUGUUUGAUAUGUUGUCAAACUUAAAACAAAAAUUCUCACUGUGAUUUCAAAUGUGUGUUUUAAAACAUUGAGGCAGAAGCUGUGACUUUUUCAGGCCUUUAAUUCAGGGAUAUUACUGGCAAUUCCUUGUGUAGGUUUUGAAGGUCAGUUGAUAGUUUCUUCUAAGUAGUUAACUUCCAUUGCACGUUACCUCCCUCGCUCCAUCUAUCAUUGAUGAUCCUGUCCAUGUCCCCUCUGUGCUAAGCAAGUGAGCCAGUCCUAUCAGUUGUAGCCCAGCAAUAUUCCCUGUAAUAGCUCUUUGAAAGCAAGGUGUCAUUGGCAAUAAAAAGUGAAUGUAGUGGA